UAAUUCGACACAAAUGCCAUUAGUAUGGGCCGCGGAACGAUAGUAUCAAUAUUUAUCGCUAAUCCACAAUGAGAAACUUAAUUCUCGAGAAGGACCUGUGCGAGAGAAGUGACGGGAACGACGGCAGGGACGAUUCUUCUACGCGCGUUUUUCAUACCGAGGAUCCCCCCCAGAUCGCUGAUCUGCGGCUAUUGUUAAAAGAUAAAAUUCGCAAAAGCGAAAUAUUUUGUAGCUUCGAAAUCAUUUCCACGCGGAAACCCAAUGCGUUUUACCGAAGGCUCCUCGUAGGUAUGGAAGAAUAUUCGCCCCUCUUUUACGCGUUAACGUGGCACAACGAAGCGACUUCCGAUAACGAUGGGUAUCUGCCGUUGGAUCUAGCGAAGAAUUUUCCACCCAAUACUCUCUUACACUUAGCGGCUAGAAGUCUAAAGCGUGAUGAAGUCAUGCACAUCCUAAAAAAAGCCCUCGCCUUCGGAAUAGUUAAUAUAUUUGCAUUGCGAGGAGAUUCGUUGUCUGACUGUGAGAGCGGUGACUUCGAGCACGCAGCAGAUCUGGUCGCUUUUAUCAGAGAGCGGUUCGGCGAUACGUUCUGCGUGUGCGUCGCGGGUUAUCCGCAAAUUCAUCCCGAAUCGCCCACCAAGGAGUUGGACUUGCAUUACCUGAAAGCAAAAGUGGAGGCGGGCGCAGAUUUUAUCAUAACGCAAAUAUGUUUCGAAUCUCGAGUCCUGAUAGACUUCGUGAGAGAUUGCCGGGAAAUCGGGAUUCGGGUUCCGAUCCUACCCGGGAUCCUCGCGCCGAUGAAUCACGCGUGUCUGGAGAAAAUGACCAAUAUGUGCGGACUUGACGUGCCGGUCGAAAUUAAAGACGAUUUGGUACGAAUGAGGGACGACGAUCAAGCGGCGAGGAAAUAUUCAGUCGACCUGGUAGCGCGAAUAAUUACGGACGUGAUUAGAAGCGGAGCCACAUCUGGUUUUCAUCUUUUCACGUUAAAUAGAUUAUCACUGGUGGCGGAAAUAUGCAAACGCAUAGAAUUUUUUAAAGAGGAAACCCCAUAGGGAUCAAAAUCAACCGCGUUUUGGAUUCACGUUUCCCAAGAAAGCCACGAGUCAAACAGGAAAAAAAAGUUAAUUUUUUGUACAAAACGAAAUAAAGUCAAUCGUAUUUA